UAGACAUCGUCCAGUAUGCCACCCCUCUCCGAGGUCACCCAUCGUGAAGCAGCAGAAAUUACUCUACUAGCAUCGAUACAGUUUCACAUAGGCCAGCUUGGUUUCGAAGAGUGUUAAUAAACAGGUCUAUUCGUCGUAACAACAAUGAUGACCAGUGAUGUUUUCUUCAAUAUGUUAAUACGAUCGCCUAUAUAUGUGCUUCUUCAGUCCGAAAUAUUCCUAUAAAAGAAGGGCCAUUAUGAUAGUGACAGCAGUAGUUCACAUUAAUCGACUCAUCACGUAACAAUUAUCGACCUAUGACCGUGUCUUCAUUGGAGCCAUUUACGUGCCUUGGUAGAAAUACACUAUAGCUACGAAUGCGUCAAACGCUACAGUAAGCUAUCGUUGAAGCCAACGAAAUCAGUCGAAGGGUAAUUUUUUCUUAUGUUCGUCAUCAUCCCUAGCCCUCACACCUUUUGGGCCGAUUUGACUUGGCGGACACGUUUCUAUGUAUGAAAGCCUUCUUGGCCGUGUCGCCUUUGACGGCAGGUGCACCUCACGUGCUGCUGCUGCGACUUUUGCUGUCUUUACUGAUAUUGUUUUAUAUAAUAGGCGCUCGUUUCGACAAUUACUAGUAAAUUAUCUAUCAGCAUCUCGCGCGAUCAACGCAAACUAACACGAAACGUCGUUGUCUAUCUAGCAGUUGGCAACUGGCUGGGCGAAAUCCUGGUUCUUCGAUGUUGUUUUUUUCUUAAAAAUGGCGCGGUGAUUGGAAACUGCUCGUGAACGAGUUUUAGAACGACCUAACUACGACGAUAAUUUUUCACUGUUUAUCCUGUUCAGAGGUAAAGAACUUGCAACUUUAAGGAGUUCAUGGGAGCCAGGCUGCUCUUAAAAAAUUUGCGUUCAGUGUAACCAGUUGGUUAUUGUGUCUUCAAGGAUGUCUUGUAAAAAUCAAGCGAAGAACGAUAAUGUUAUAGGAGGCGAUCUUGUACCACUGAGAGUUCGGAUAACGAAGACCUAUUAACCUAUUUAAGCCAGAUAGGAUUAUGCGGUCAGCUAAACCUGUGCUAAUAAUUUGACGUAUGAGCGAAUGCGGGAUACAGACUGGAAGCUCGGAAUGGAUCGGUUUUAGCACACAUCGGAGUUAAUUUUUCUCUUAUAGAAUUUUGACUAUUGUUCACAAUCUACCUGAGGCCAUUUCAAUAAGUACAAUACCUAUACUAGGAGAAGUUUGUGAUUCGCCUAUACCAAAUAAGCUUUAAACAUACCGGCUGUAUGGUCUUGGGUAAGUCGAACCUCAACUAUGAAUCCCUUACUAGCAGAAUAGUGGCUCUGCCAUAGCAAACGAAAGGAGGCGUUUUAACGCCGUUUUGCCUGAAAGGGGUUUUUUUCUUAUAUAUCUGCCACGCUGAGUGCAGCAGCUGUGGAUAUCCGAGGGCCGUCGUCCACUUUUAUUGGUGGAAACGUGGAGGGAUUUGGUGCUGGGAGUCGUGGCACCGGCCUAGAGAGCGACGAACUCAUUAGGAGUCAUGUGCAUCUGCUUGGAAUGGAGUCCAUUGAAAGGGUGAUGUGUUCCCAGCUGCCAUUAGCAUCGAUCCCACAGUCAAACGACGUUAAUGAAUCUGACCGUCUAAGAACUAAUCAUUCAAGGUACUACAGUCACAGGCAACAAGAGCAGAGAAGCCCUGAACUUCGACGUGAAUAUAAGGAGACCAGUUUUACGGAACCGGCUAUUCCAAUGUCCACAACAUGUCAUGCAGCAGCAUCUAGUUACUCGUUAGCAAAUACUGGAGUCGACGGGGAAGACGGAGGUGGAGUAAGCAAAAACAAAAAUUUCAUUAUGGACCUCAACAUGUACGCCACCCGGAAGACUGUUGCCCAAGGUAUGAUGGACAUCGCUCUGUUAGCGGCAAAUGCUUCGCAGUUGAAGGCAGUGCUACAGCAAAGUCCCCAAUUUGGUCCUCGCCCCCCAUGGACCGCUGCUUGCCUCGCGUUCCUUGGUUUGUCAAUGACUCUGCAGAUGGUGUUGGGAGGCCUUUUGGUAACGGUUGCCCGGUGGAAUCUCAACUGCCCAUGGGAGCAGCGUCGAGCCGAUCUCGUUAACAAUAUCAUCGUUGUUGCAGUAUUCCUUUUAACGAUUGUGAAUGUCUUGCUAGCCGCUUUUGGACCUGCGGACCUUAUGACACCUCAUGUGGAUCAUCGGUACCCUACCCCACCAGAUCGCAUCAAAUUCUCAGAUUAGGCACAAAAAUCAUAUAUAUAUAUAUAUAUAUCUUGCAUUGAUCCAUUUAUGAAGAUGUUUGCAAA